CAGCUGGGGGCGUGUGAACACCGAAGGGCAGGGAUUUUGGUGAAAUGAAAGUGGAAGCAAAGAGCCUGCCGGUUCUACAUCAGAAGUGUAUUUCAGGUCCGGCUUAGAGGAGACUAAAGCCCAUCAGAAGGUACAAGCAAGAGUUCUGUCGCUGUGGACACUGCCACUUUGUGCCUGGCUCCGAAGCCACAACUCUUGCCAGCCGGACCCCAGGCCCAUGUCAGUGACCCAUGAUGCCGCUCUCCAUGCCCUUCGGGAGGAGCAGGCCAGACUAAAGAGGAGGCUGCAGCAGCUGCAGCAGCGGAGGAGGGAAUUUGGGGACUUCCCUCACCACAACCAGGUCCCAUUCCCGGUGCCCUUGGUCCCGCUGGUGUUCCGAGGACACACUCAGCAGGGCACAGAAGGGUCCAAGCCUUUGGUUUCCAAACUACGGAUCUGCUACCCUCUGCCUGGAGGCUCUGCUCUGGUCACCUUCGACGAUCCCAAGGUGGCCAAGAGGGUGCUGCAACAAAAGGAGCAUAAGAUCGACAUCGAUGAGUGCCGGCUGCGGGUGCAAGUCCAGUCCUUGGAGCUGCCCGUGGUGACCACCAUCCAGGUGUCCACACAGAUAAGCAGGAGGAGUGUGCUGGUCAGUGGGUUUCCUGCAGGGCUCAGGCUGAGUGAGGAGGAGCUGCUGGACAAGCUGGAGAUCUUCUUUGGCAAGUCCAGGAAUGGGGGUGGCGAUGUGGAGAGUCGGAAGCUGUUGCAAAGUGGUGUCGUGCUAAGUUUCACUAAGGAUGCAGUGGCCCAGCACCUGUGCCAGGCUGGCCAGUUUACAGUGCCACUGGGCACGAAAAGCUUCCCUUUGAGAAUCUCUCCCUUCCUAAGUGGGGAGAUCCAGAAGGCUGAGAUCGUGUUCCGGCCAGUGCCCCAGUCAGUGCUGGUGCUCGACAUUCCUGACGUCCUGGAUGGCCCGGAGCUUCAGGACAUCCUGGAGAUCCACUUCCAGAAGCCCUCCCGUGGAGGUGGGGAGGUGGAGGCCCUAACAGUCGUGCCCCCAGGACAGCGGGGCCUGGCGGUCUUCACCACCACGUCAGGCUAAGAGCCUGCCCUUCUCAUCCCCUCACCCGCACCCCUGCCAAGCCUCUCAAACCAGGCUGGAUUUGGGCGCACAGGUGCAAGAGAUCGUGCUGGUCAACAGCGGCAGGGAUUAUGGCUUAUGAAAUGCUGCCCAAGAACAAUAAAAGUGGCGUGACCCUCUUCUCAUUUCAUUUCCUGAAAGGAAACUUGAUGUGAGCACAGAAGGAGGAACCCUCACCUUCCAGGAGCCCACCUUCCCCUCCACUCUCGGAGGCAACAUCCAGGACCCAGGGUUUGGCUUUUUAUUGACACAAACACAAAGGCAGCUUCGGUAACAGUAACGGGGUGGGGUACACAAAAGCAGAAAUCGCCCUUCACACAUUUAGGCCUCAUUUAGACACUGAAGAGGCUGAGCCCCUCCCCCCACCUCCCAUUGGCAAUAGCUGGGCAGUAACCCUCCCUAAUUCCGUAUCAGAGAGCGGAGGGAGUUGUACCCCUGCGCCAGGAAGUCCCCACUUUGGUUCCGGUGGCCCAGGUCCUAACCACCCCCCUCCUUAUUCCCCUGUUCCAUCUCCCCACCCAUGUAAACAAAGUUUGGGGCUGAGUUUGAAAAGCUGCCCUCCUGCUCUGAGAAGGCAGUGGGCCUCCCUCGACUACACAAGAAAUGUGCUUCGAUUUUUACUUUGGUCCCAGAACAAGAAACAGAUGGCAUUGCCUCUCAGAGCUCUGGCUGGUAAAUGCCACACUUAUCUGCAAGGCUGAGAACGCCACCCUGCCUUUUUCCCCUCAACCACCCAGAGAGAAAUGACAGCCCCAGAGACGGGACACGGCACAGACCCCAGGAGGCUAGGGGCUGCCCCCCGCCCCCACUGGCACACACACAGAUUUUUGGCAGUGUUGUGGGACAGCAAAAGCCCACCUCCACCAGAACGAGGAAGGCACUGGGGAGUUCAGGGGUGGAGGAGGAGAUGUGAGACAGGGACCCCCCACCCACCCACACACGCAAGCACAGGUUUUCCGUUGCUAAGGCACUGAGAACAAAUCCACUAGAACUCAGUGAAGGAUGGGGCGGAGGGGGGGGGCUCUGUGUCCCUCCCACAGAGUCGUGACCUAGGGAAGCAGGUCAGAUUCCCACCCUUGUUGUAAGAGGCAACCUUGGUUAAGAGUGGCAGAAAACCUGCAGGUGGAAGAAACCCAGCUGUGCUCAAGGAGACGGGGACCAGAGGACAAGGCCAUGCAACGAGGCAACAGAGUUCAGAGGUGGGCGCCAGUUGGCCUGGGCUGAAGGGACAGGAGGGCGAGACAGGGACAUGCUGGAUUCACACAAAUUGGCCCCAUAUCCUGAGCUGACAUUUCGAUUCUUUGGGGAGGGGAGUGUGGGGCAGGGGCAGGAGGGGAGAUGAGGCAGAGGUGGAAGCACACAGAACUGGACGGAAAAGGACUGGCUAACCUUGGCACAAAAGCAGCACAGCAGGCCCAGGGAAAGGGUGGGGGCAGGAAGCAGCCGGCCUCCCUCUGACCCUCCCUGUCCCCUUGGCAGGGCCCAGACAUCCAAGUGGUCACUUCCCAACCUCUUCGGAGGGCAGGAAGGGGGGAGGGGGCCCUGCCUAAGGAGAAAGAACAGGGCAGGGGAGAGGUCAUCACCACGGAGACCUUUGGGGGCAAGUGGGCAGAGCAUUAUGAGGAGGAUGAAAUGUAAGAGAGUCUGGUGACCAACACAACGUGGCUCCCUAGCUUCUCUCUUCCCAGGUCCCGAGGGUCUGCCAGCCCCGGCCCUAGUUCUCCUUCUCUGGUCCAGGCACCAGGAGGACUUUGCCCACAUUCUUCUUCUCCUGCAUCUGCCUCAUGGCAUCCGCCACCUGGAGAGGAAGACAAGACCCGGUGCCAUCCGGCCCCUCUAGAGAGCCAGCCUAAAGGGGUAGCCCAAGUGGAAGCCACACACAGCGCGGUUGGUCGGCAGCAGCUGCAGCGCAGUCACACUGAACUGGUUCCACCAUGUGCGCGCCAGGGCCAUCAGGUUCCGCUUGGGGCCCGUCAGCAGGUUGGCCAUUCCUGAGGGAUGAGGAGACGCGGCCCGUGAAUCCAGGUGCUGGGCACAUCCCUGUCCAAAUCCAUGCUCAUCCACCCCCUCUGGGCCUCUUACAAUCAUCCACAGCAGUGCCAGGGAGUGACAGGAUAAUCCCCCACCUGCUGGCUGCCAGGCCCAAAUGGACUCCAGCUGACUCAAAAAUUGCCUGAAUCUUUAUUCACUUGC